AUGUCUCUCUGCACCCACUGUCAAGCUGAAUCUGGUCCCCAUCAUGAGCAGUUGGCACACCCUGACGAAGUCACGAUUAAGCCAAACGAAUCGGAUAUAUUCACGAUACUACGCACGACCAGCUAUCAUUAUCAGUGCCCCAUAUGCCACGGAACCUACCGUAACGAGAUCGACAUUCGCAACCAUGUCUCACAUGCUCACACGCAUGAUAUUUCGCGGACGAACUCAACCCAGGACUCGUCAUUGGCACUCGACACUUCACCAUUGGCUUCGAAACGAAGGCCACCCCCACUAGACAACGACAUCGUAGCCAACAAACGACAGCGAAUCGCCCCAUCGUCUCCGCCAUCUCCCUCAAUAUCCACAGCCAUUCCUGAACCGCAAUCCGAUCUUACCUUAGUCCCUUCCAGCCCCGUACCCCAGUCAACUGCCGAACCACCUCCUGCGCGUUCCUCUCGUCGCGCGCGCAGACGAGAAGUAGUCCAAUAUUUCACCCUACAAACGGCCGGACUCUACUUUCACGCGCCUACUCGUUUGCUCACCUUCAAGCUGACCUGGGCCCCGACCUCCCCCCGGAAGGCCUGGAUACCCCGGUCCCACUUCUUCCCAUUGUUGAUGGCUGGAGAUGCGAGACUCCCGGCCCUUGCUUUGGCCACGUAUUCGGGGCCCAAUCCUCCAAAACCGCGCAUCAUAGAAAUCACCACUCCGACACGCAGCCUAAUUUCAGCGUCGUACGAUAGUACUCCCGCCCCUCCCGACGCACCGAAGAGCCUGUGGGGCGAUCUUAAAAAGAAACUACAAGCGAAGGGUAUUCUGACCCUCAAGGAUGACCGUGACGUCAGUCGUACUCAAUUAUCGCCAUUGGAGAACGUCACCAAGUGGCAUCGCGCUCUCGAGACCGCCGAUUUGAAUCUAGUCCGACUUUACUCGCGUAAACCGGAACCAGCCCCAAAGCCCACAAUAUACCACCGCCUAUUCAACGCCUUUAAACAAUACAUCGUGGACAUCGUGGCGCCAGUCCUUGAGAAGAAAAGUAACACCAUGCUCCUACGUCUCAUCAACUCCUCUGACAAAGGCGUUUGCGAUCGCUAUCCGUUCCGUCUCCCUCAGAACGCGAAGACGGUCUCUGACUAUGCCUUUACGUUCUCAUGCAUGAUGACGUUUAUCUGUCGCGCGGUACAGCAGCCCAUCCCUGGCUUCGCCCUUGAUGUCACUGAAUCACAACUCCAAUGCCUCAACAACCUAGUCGACAAGGAGAUUCCAGUGGAAUUAGAUCUCGCGCCUCCGUCCUUUUGGGCGGACUUGCACUCGCUUUGCUGGUCGGUAUUGACCAGCAUCCCGGUAUCGACCGACAUGAACGAGCUAGAUAUACCUUUAACUCGCUUUCUCAUUGCUUAUCAUCUGAGGGACGACUGCACGUCUCGAUUCAAGGCUCCGUCGCUUAUCUGCCACAAUAUGAUAUCGAUUCAGUGGUGUUGGCGAGCAAUGGCGCUUUAUCAAUGCAAACAACUCGCUCCCCAGGAUCCCCAAGGCGAGAUGGGCGUAUACGAAAGCAUAUCCGAAUACCUUACAGAGGCUUCGCACUGUCCUUUCGCCGUACUACGCAGUCAUAUCCAUCCCAUCACCGCAAUCUCGAUGCAAGAACCUAGCUUACCUCUUUUCCUCAUGGGCACGGACAUGGAAACCUUUUCUUUCAAGUCCCACCCGUUCUCGAUGUCCGCCUUCAAGAAGUUUGCUGUCGGCCUUGUCGAUGCAUCGGAGAAAUUGAUGCUCGCCAUCCUCGAUGGAGUUGAUAUAUCCAGCUUAGAGGAACAGAUUGACGCAGCGUUGACGCUCGACAAAAGCGAGGGCUGGUUCAAGGAUGUGCUUCGUAACGAUGAAGCGGGCUACUCAUUUUUUACCGACGAGAGGAAUGGAUUUCGCCGAUACGAGGAUUCACUCAUGAAUCACCUCUGUCGCGCCGAUAGCAACGUGUAUGUGUUCGACACUCCAGACGGUUAUCAACUCAAGCCCAACGCCUUAUCUUCAUUCAUACACGAUGUGGAUGAACUCGUUGAACAUCUCUAUGCCGCGCUUAAUUUUACCUGGGCAGGAGCUGCGAGAGGCACUGAAAUCGAGGACAUACGUUAUCGCAACGGACACGCCUCUCGCAAUCUCUAUUUCACCAAUGGCGUACUAACAUUUGUAACAUUCUAUAACAAGACCCAGCACAACACGGGUCGACCAUCCAUGAUCCCUCGCGCCGUUCCCCCCCGUCUAGCACGCCUCUUUAUCAUUCUCAUCGCUGUUAUAUAUCCCUGCGCCAGAGUUAUCGCCGCCAUCCUACGCACCAAGCAACAUGCCGUCCUGUACGAAACGUGUAUAUUCGUUCAUCGCGGCCGACCACUCAACACCGAGCGAAUGACGGAGAUUCUCCGUCGCUUCACUCAAGAAUCCUUUAUUUUCCCCCUUGGUGUUAGGGACUGCCGCCAUCUAAUGAAGUUCGUUCUCAAACACGCGGUCGGCAUUGCGUUACAGGAUGAAACCUCGGAAAAUUCAUCCUUGUAUCGCAUCCUGGAUGAACUAUGGGGCCAUUCUUCCAAGGUCUCCCAAACUUACUACGCGGUUGAACAAGAUACGUUCUCGCACAUCGCUUCCAACGAAGUCACGAAGGCACAAAUAUUCUCCUUGGCGUACCACGAAUGGCUCGGCAUCGGUUAUCAGCACCUACCCGCCAACCUACAAAUCCAUUCUCUCGAGACUCGCCAGACGCAGACGCAGACGCAGACGCCGAUCAUCGCAAACAAACUCGACACUUCUGCAAUCAUACAAGCGAUCUAUUCGACGAUCCCAGUAAUAGGUGACGCACUCCAGGCGACCGUCUUUGAUGCCGUACAAAAAACAGUCAACCCGCCAGCGGCAUUGUCCCGUCCACCAGAACUGAACGAACCUACCAUCUGCAAGUCCACUACAAUCAUUGUCCAUCCCUCGCGCAAGCUGGUGUUACAGCGGCUGUACGGGACAUCGGAGCCUCAAUUCACCAGCCCCCAGCAGGGCGAGAUAUUCGAACUCGUUAUGCAGAACACACGACACGUACUGGGUAUUUUACCUACUGGCGGAGGCAAGAGCCUCAUGUUUUACGGGCCACCGCUCGUAGAGUCCGAAGGCAUCACCGUCGUAAUCAGUCCCUUCGCCUCUCUAGCUCAUCAGCAGUACAACGAAGCCAAAUCUCAUGGAAUCGACGUCGCUCAUUGGCCCUCGCCUGACAUCGAUUGUUCCAACGUACGGUUACUCGUUGCGCACGCCGAGCAUCUCAACAGCGGACAACUCGACGACUGGUUACUUGCCGCAUCAAACCUAGGCCUGUUACGACGGAUAAUCUUUGACGAAGCCCAUGAGAUCCUCAUCUCAAGCAACUACAGGGACUGCUACUCCAAAGUCAAACAGUUUAUCGAUCUAGGCGUCACCCUUGUCUUCCUCACCGCGACCAUGUAUCGCCAGAGCAUCCCCGCGCUUGCCAAAGCAUUCGCCAUCGAUCAAUUAGAGGUGAUAGCCGCUCCAACCGUUCGCCUCAACCUGAGGUAUCAGGUGGACGUAUACAGCGACCAGGCCAUACUCUUACACCACCUGCUCGAAGCAUACCAAUCUGCGUACGACCGUCGAAAGGAACACGAGCGACUGCUCGUUUAUUGUCGGUCAUACAAAGAGUGCGAAAUUGUUGGCAAUCUGCUGCGCAUCCCUACCUACAAGGCCCAUUACACUGGCGAUACCACAGAAGACGCGAAGAAGAAGCAACAGUGUCAAGACGGCUGGCUUAGCGGGAUAACGCCAGCCCUGGUUGCGACCACUGGCUUUGGUACAGGAAUCAACCAUCCGCAUGUCACGCACGUCUUCGUUAUCAACCCUUAUGAUAUGGUUGGCGUCACUCAACAAACAGGGCGUGCGGGUAGAAGUGGAGAGUUGGCACACACCGUAGUCCUGGCCCUUCGCAAGUAUAUACCCAAGCACUCUCCGGACUUGGCCUUGGACCAUGCAGGCCAGCACCGCCUAUUCCAACUGCUAACCCUGAACUCUUGCCGUCGCAUUCCCUUAGGCGAAUUUGAUGAAGAAUCCCAUUCCUGCCACUCGCUACCAGGUUGCAUCCCAUGCGACUAUUGCGAAAAGUUGCCCGUAAGUUACAUCCCAUUCCACAUAUUUUCACUCACGCUAACGAGGAAUCAGGACUUGGCUCCCGUCCCUCCGCGCUACACCUAUGCCCCUCGUGUCGAUUUCGCCCACCCAAACAAGCUCCUGUCCUCGAAAGCGUUGAGCCCAACACCAACCUCACCCGUUAGGAGUGCCAACACAUCCACAUCGGACAAAUUGAAGCGCAGAAGCGACGCUGUAAGUAUGCAAAUUACAUUGGUACUGCAUAUCAUGUUGACAAUAAGGCAGGCUGCCUUCCCGCACGCCUCAGCAUGCCAGCCGUUGGACGACGGCGACAUUUCCCGAACCACGACCUUACGCCUCAGCACUCCAGCCUCGCCCCUCGCCACAGCGCACCCUCCAACUGUUCCACAAAACUUGCUUCCGUCCCAUAUAGCCAGGGGCCACCAUCAGACCCUCGCACUCAAUCAAGCGGCGGGGAAACUCAACAGAUCAAGUAUUGAAGAUCGCCAUCGCCUGCUCGACUUGCUAUGUGCUAUGAAAGAUCAUUGCCUAAUCUGCCCUGUACUCUGUCAGCAACCUUGCGGCAACAAGGAAAUGUUCAAGUGCGACACGGCCAUUGUCGGAUUCAAAUGCGAGUAUACGUACAACCAAGAAUCGCUUGAACAUGUAUAUGAGCGGCAAUUCAAACCAGCAAUCUCCUUCACAUCCAAAUCAUCUGUCUGCUACAUAUGCUACUUCCCCUUCGAUUACAAGAAGCACAAACUGCACGACCCUACCUGCACGCAACAGAAGGACAUCCUCGUGCCAAUCGCUUGGGCCAUAUUCUGCCUCUCCCUUACCAUGCCCGAUGUCAAUGGCAAAGCGUUACAGCUGAAAGUUCUCAACGCGACCGGGUUCACCGACACAAACAUAUUCGACGCGCCAUAUGCAACUAUGCAUUGCCUUUGCGGGUCUGUACAGUAA